GGCAAUGGCGGCAGGAAAAAGCCGGAGGUAGAGGAGGGGGGGGGAGGGGGAAGCGAGCGGCCCCAACCGGCUCCGGCGCGGCCUCCGGCUGCCCCCCGCCGCCAGGACCGGCCAUGGCCGAACCUUCGCUCGCCCGCCGUUCCGUGCCGCUCAUCGAAUCAGAGCUUUAUUUCCUCAUCGCCCGGUUCCUGUCGGCCGGUCCUUGUCGGAGAGCGACGCAGGCGCUGGUGCAGGAGUUGGAGCAGUACCAGCUGCUGCCCAAGAGGUUGGACUGGGAGGGCAACGAACACGACAGGAGCUACGAGGAGCUGGUCUUGUCUAAUAAACAUGUGGCUCCAGAUCACUUGUUGCAAAUUUGCCAACGUAUUGGGCCUAUACUGGAUAAAGAAAUUCCACCCAGCAUUUUGAAAGUCACCUCUUUACUUGGUGCAGGGAGACAGUCUCUGCUUCGAACAGCGAAAGAUUGCAGGAAUACUGUUUGGAAAGGCUCUGCCUUUGCUGCUCUUCAUAGAGGAAGACCUCCGGAAAUGCCUGUGAAUUAUGGUUGUCCUCCAAGCCUUGUGGAGAUAAAUCGUGGAAAACAACUGACAGGAUAUGCAUCUUUUAGCACUGCAUUUCCAGGAAGCAUGUAUCAACACAUAAAAAUGCACAGGAGGAUUCUUGGCCAUCUUUCUGCCGUGUACUGUGUUGCAUUUGACAGGACAGGGCACAGAAUAUUUACUGGCUCGGAUGAUUGCUUGGUGAAGAUUUGGUGUACAUACAAUGGCCGAUUACUGUCUACGUUAAGAGGCCACUCAGCAGAAAUUUCUGAUAUGGCAGUGAACUUUGAAAACACUAUGAUUGCUGCAGGAAGUUGUGAUAAAAUAAUCCGAGUAUGGUGCUUGAGAACUUGUGCUCCCGUUGCUGUGCUCCAGGGACACACUGGGUCAAUUACAUCUUUACAGUUUAGCCCAUUGGCCAAAGGCUCAGAAAGAUACAUGGUCUCCACGGGGGCAGACGGAACAGUUUGCUUUUGGCAAUGGGAUUUGGAUUCCAUGAAAUUCAGCAAUCGCCCUCUGAAGUUCACAGAAAAACCUAGACCUGGGGUGCAGAUGCUUUGCUCGUCAUUUAGCGUUGGUGGCAUGUUUUUAGCAACAGGAAGUACAGAUCAUGUAAUCAGGAUGUAUUUUUUUGGCUUUGAGACCCCUGAAAAAAUAGCAGAACUUGAAAGUCACACAGACAAAGUUGACAGCAUCCAAUUUUCUAACACCGGUGAUCGAUUCUUAAGUGGUAGCAGAGAUGGAACAGCCCGCAUCUGGAGAUUUGAGCAACCCGAAUGGAGGAGCAUUUUAUUGGAUAUGGCCACUAGACUGUCAGACGACCAGUCAGAGGAGGAGAAAUUUAUGAAGCCCAAGGUAACCAUGAUCGCUUGGAAUCAAAAUGAUAGCCUCGUCGUCACAGCUGUGAAUGAUCACCUCCUUAAAGUGUGGAAUUCUCAUACUGGACAACUGCUUCACAACUUGGUGGGACAUGCAGAUGAAGUAUUUGUUUUGGAGACACAUCCUUUUGAUUCCAGAAUUAUGUUGUCAGCUGGGCAUGAUGGUAACAUCUUUAUAUGGGAUAUUACAAAAGGCACAAGAACAAAGCAUUAUUUUAAUAUGAUUGAAGGGCAAGGACACGGAGCUGUGUUUGACUGUAAGUUUUCAUCGGAUGGACAGCAUUUUGCCUGUACAGAUUCUCAUGGGCAUCUACUGAUAUUUGGUUUUGGCUGCAAUAAACCUUAUGAAAAGAUCCCUGAUCAGAUGUUCUUCCACACUGACUACCGCCCAUUGAUUCGCGAUUCAAACAAUUAUGUCCUGGAUGAACAGACCCAGCAAGCACCUCAUCUUAUGCCCCCACCGUUCUUGGUGGAUGUAGAUGGAAACCCUCAUCCAACUAAGUACCAGAGACUAGUUCCAGGCCGAGAGAAUUCUGCAGAUGAACAUUUGAUCCCACAGCUAGGAUAUGUGGCCACAAGUGAUGGAGAAGUAGUUGAACAGAUCAUAAGCCAGCAAACCAAUGAUCAAGAGGAACAAAGCCCGGAAGCCAGCAUUCUUGAUGGAAUGAUAAGACAGUUACAGCAGCAACAGGACCAAAGAAUGGGUAUAGAUCAGGAAGCUGUUUCAAAUGGAAUUCCAAAUGAGGAAGGAACACCAAGAAGAGGAUUUAGAAGAUUAAGUUUAGAAAUUCAGUCCCCCCCAAACAUUGGCUUACGCCGCAGUGGGCAAGUUGAAGGCGUUCGCCAGAUGCAUCAGAAUGCUCCACGAAGUCAAAUAGCUACAGAACGUGACUUGCAAGCUUGGAAACGAAGAGUGGUUGUACCAGAAGUACCGCCCAGCAUUUUCAGAAAUCUGGAAAACUUAGAAUCGAAAAGUGGAGAGGAGAGAAAUCUUUAUAUCAAAGAAAGGAAAAGGAAGCCUACUCAACCAGCACCAAAGGCUGACUCCGAAGUUUCAGAGGCACGAUGCAAACAAAGAAUGAAAAGACGUAAAUACCCAAUUUAUGGAACACGGAGAAUUUAGAGCCACUUGAAUGAUUCCACAGAAAGUGAACAGCAUUCAACGCCAGAUCAAAGUGAAGGUUCCUGCUCUUCAGAUGAGGAAGAAUGGAAAAGUGACCGAAAAAGUGAAAGUGAUAGUGAUAGUUCCAGUGACACUUCCAAUAGAUAUUCUGACUGGACAGCUGAUGCCAGGAAUUAAUCUCAGCCUCCUUUACGGACUUCUUCUCGGCGAAGAGCAAUUCGAUAUUGCAGUAGUUCAGAAGAUGAAGUAUCUGCUGCGAAAUCAUCUCCUCCAAAGAGAAGACGGAAGCGGAGAAAAAAACGUAAACCUAAGAAGGAGAAUUUACAGAGACUCUCUACAGCAGAACUGGCAAAUAUAGAAUUUUUAUAUGAAUUCCAUCCUCCUGUGUGGAUAACUGAUACUACGCUUAGAAAAUCUCCAUUUGUUCCUCAAAUGGGUGAUGAGGUAAUAUAUUUUCGGCAGGGUCAUGAAGCUUAUGUUGAGGCAGUCAGAAGAAACAAUAUAUAUGAACUGAACCCCUGUAAAGAACCGUGGAAAAAAAUGGAUCUUAGGGAUCAAGAACUGGUAAAGAUAGUUGGAUUACGGUAUGAGGUUGGUCCCCCUACACUCUGUUGCCUCAAGCUCGCUUUUAUCGAUCCUGCAACUGGAAAGAUUAUGGACAAGUCCUUCUCUCUAAAGUACCAUGAUAUGCCAGACGUUAUCGACUUUCUUGUGUUGCGUCAGUUUUAUGAUGAAGCCCGGCAGAGGAAUUGGCAAGCUCGUGACAGAUUUCGGUCCAUAAUUGAUGAUGCUUGGUGGUUUGGAACAGUAUUAAGUCAAGAGCCGUAUCAGCCCCAGUAUCCAGAUAGUCAUUUUCAGUGUUACAGUGUUAAAUGGGACAAUACCGAAGUAGAAAAACUUAGCCCAUGGGACAUGGAGCCAAUUCCUGAAAAUGUUGAUCCGCCCGAAGAAUUGGGGGCUAGCAUUUCUGUGACUUCAGACGAACUUGAGAAGUUGCUAUAUAAACCCCAGAAGGGUGAAUGGGGACAAAAAUCCCGCGAUGAAGAAUGUGAACGAAUUAUUAGUGGUAUUGACCAACUUUUGAAUCUUGAUAUUGCAGCAGCCUUUGCGGGCCCCGUUGAUCUAUGCACCUAUCCCAAGUACUGUACGGUGGUAGCUUAUCCAACGGACCUUUACACAAUUCGGAUGAGACUCAUCAAUCGGUUCUACAGGAGGAUCUCUGCAUUGGUUUGGGAAGUCAGGUAUAUAGAAAACAACGCCAGAACCUUUAACGAACCUGAGAGUGCAAUUGCUAGGUCAGCAAAGAAGAUCACGGACCAGCUUUUGAAGUUUAUUAACGAUCAAAACUGUACUAAUAUAGCCGAGCUCUGUUGCACUACGGAUGAUGAGCAAGAUAUCUUUGCUGCUGAUAUGGAUGACAGUGAUCGUCCCAGAACUUCUGGAAGAAAAGUUAAAGUAAAAAAGCAACAGUAACGUAACUUCUAAUAUGAGAAUAACUGGAAAAAGCAGUGUAAGGAACUCAUGAACUUAAUCUUCCAGUGUGAAGAUUCUGAGCCAUUUAGACAACCUGUUGAUUUGGUUGAGUAUCCCGACUAUCGAGACAUUAUAGAUACUCCAAUGGACUUUGGAACAGUGAGAGAAACUCUAGAAGCUGGAAAUUAUGACAGCCCAUUGGAGUUGUGCAAAGAUAUCCGUUUAAUAUUUAGCAAUGCAAAAGCUUAUACACCGAACAAAAGGUCAAAGAUUUACAGCAUGACCUUGAGAUUGUCUGCUCUAUUUGAGGAAAAAAUGAGGAGAAUCUCUUCUGAUUUUAGAAUUAGCCAAAAAUACCAAGAGCGACUCCGAAGAAGUCAGAGGUAUAAGAGGCGGCAGAAUUCUAACCAGGCCCACCAAUCUGAGAAACCGUUCAGACACCUGAAGCAGAAACAGUUAAAAUCUCAGGCCAAAGUCUUACCCGAAGUGGAAGAUUCUCCUCAACAAUCUACCUCAAGCAGGGCAACUUUUGUGACAAGCCAUAAAGUCAGUGCAAACAUCUCUGCCAAUGCAACUUCUGGUGAAUCGUCAGAUUCGGCAGCAUCGUCUAGAAAGAUCGGACGGGCUAGACCUUUAACACUAGCAAAGUGUUCUCCACUAUCUGAGAGUGAAAUGGAAGAUUCCUCAGCUUCCUCUUCCUCCUCUUCAGCUUCUUCAAGUAGUUCAGAGGAAAGUAGAGAGAGUUCUGUAGUGACCGAAUCCUCAUUACGCAAUGGGAUCUUCAGAGGCAACAGUGACAACUUCAGGGUUACUAGAAAUAGAGCUGCUCAGAGAAAAGCAGGUUCUACCUCUCAAGAAAAUGGAUACAGCCGAAAAGCUGUCAGGAAAAGGGUUUAUCUGAGCGACUCUGACAACAAUUCAACGGUGGCCGGUGACAGACUGAAAGCCAAAACCGGAUGCAUCCGCAAAAUCCCACGCAAGUGUGCGACUGCAGCUGCCAAUAAGAUCAAGCUAAUGAGUGAUGUGGAAGAGCACUCAAGCUCAGAAAGUGCGUGCUCUGGAAGCCGGAACAGCAGGAAACUGCCUCACCGGAAUGCCUCUGCUGCAGCUAGAAAAAAGCUGUUGUACAACUCGGAGGAUGAGAAAAGUCUGAAGUCAGGAAGCGACAAAGACGAAAAAGAGCAAUCUACUACUAGAAAUCACCCGGCCGAGACUCGCUCCUACGCUCGUGGGACGAGCGUUAGUGAGUCUGACAAUGGAGGCUCAGAAUCAGAAGGUGACCUGAAAGUGGUUCGGAAGAACUGGCGCACAAAUGGUCACAAGCUCUGCACUGCUGCAUCUUUUAAGGCAAAAUUUCCCUCAAUAGAAUCCUCUGAGGAAGAGUCAAAAAGCCAUAAUUCAGAGGAUGAGAGCAAAAGGAAAUCUUGCCUGUCAACUUCUAUGCAAGAGCCUCCAGUAAGGAACAGGUCUGAGGAGGAAGGAGACUCAGGGCCAGGCAAAGGAAUGGUUAGAAAACCCAUGAGGACCACCUGCCGUAAGGUUGCCACACUCUCGAGAAAAGCAAAGGUCUUGAGUGAUUCAGAUGACUCGGCAGAGUCUGAGGAGGAAGAGAGUGGGAAUGGAAGACAUUUGGUCAAAAGAGAAACACCUGUGCAGGUGCCCAAGUGUUCAAAAUCUGGUUCCGAUGCUGCCUCCGAGUGCACUUUGAAAUAUGUGUCUGAAACAGAUUUGGAUUCCGAUUUGAAUUGCAAUAACACAAAACCAAAUAAGAGGAAAAAGAACCUUAUAAAAGGCACCGCAUCUCAAGAAAAUGGACUCAUCAGAAAAACUGCCAGGAAAAGGGUCCAUGCAAGUGACUCAGACAGCAACUCGGAAGUGGUUAGCAGACCGUUAAGGCCCACACGUGGUGGCUUGAGAAUUCCACGUAGGUGCGCUGCUGUGGCCGCAAGUAAGAUUAAGUUAAUGAGCGAUGUGGAGGAAGAAGAAAACUCCAGCUCUGGAAACGUGGGCACUAGGGGUAGGAAGGGCCGGAAACCGCUUCCUCGCGGGACCGCCACGAUCCCCAAGAAGAUGAUACUGUACGAUUCCGAGGGUGACACAAAUUUUGAAUGCGAAAGUGAAAAAGAGCCGGUAGAGCUGUCUGCCUUUCGAGAUCAGGCAUUCGAGGCUCGUUCAGAGAUUGAAAAGAAAAGUGUUCGUGAGUCUGAAAAUGAAGACUCAGACUCUGAAAGUCAUUCGAAAGGGGCCCGGUGGAAGAAUCGGCGUGCCAGUGGUCCCAAGUCUACUCCCGUGUCCUUUAAAACAAAACACUUCUCCACUGCAUCUUCUGAAGAAGAUUCCAAAAGCCAUACCCCGGGAGAUGAAAAUGAGAAUGGGGCUUCCUGCCUGGGCACUUCUGGGAAGAAGCCUGCUGCAAAGAACAGCAAGGAGGAGGAGGAAGCGGGGCCCGGGCCAAGCAGGUGGCGAGAUAGAAGAAUCAAAAAGAUGACUCGACGGAAGGCGGCGGUGACUUUAAGAAAAGCCAAGGCCCCCCGCCAUCUGCCGGACCCAGCAGAUUCUGAGAAAGGGGAGGGAGAGAAGAGACCUUCUGAAUCAGAAAGCAUGGAAGCAUCUGAAACAGCGGGGAGUGCCAAGUCUGGACCCGAUUCUAGUCCCAAGGGCAUUUCAGUUGUGGAAUCAGCCACUGAUUCAGACACUAACUCUAGUGAUAACACGAAAGCAAAAAAGAGGAAAAUAAGAGGAAAAGCAAAAGUAGUUAGAAAAGAUACAGUCCCUAAGGCAUUCACUAGAAAAACGAGGAAAAGAAAAUGUGUGCUUAACCAGGAGGCCAGUGUGCAAAUGACUAAUGAAAAAUUGAAAGCCAGAACGUUUACUGAGAAAGUUCCUCGAAGAUGUGCUACUAUCGCUGCAAAUAAAAUCAGAAAAAUGAGCGACGUGAAGGAAGAGAACUCGAGCCCAGAAAGCGUCUGCAUGAAAAGGAGUAGCCGAAAACUGCCCCAUCGCACUGCCUCUGCUGCAGCGAGGAAAAGACUCCUGACGAUCUCAGAGGAGAAUGACGCCGGCUUUAGAUAUGACAGUGAACGAGAACAAGAUGAUACUAAUAGGGAGAUGCGUUCUCCGUCUGCUUCCGACCCCGGAAGCAAAAGAUGCAACAGUGGCUCUGAGAGGGAAAAGUCUGAAUCUAAAAGCAGUUUGAAGGGGACCCAGAAGAGUUGGCCCGCUAAUGGUGAGGAGUCACCUAGUGCUCAAAUGAAAGAUCCAGAGGCAAAAAACUACCCUUCAGAGGACGAGAGUGGGAAGAAAGCCCCCUGCCAGUCCACUUCGGGGCAAAAAUCUACCCUGGAGACCAAUUCGGGAGAAGACGAGUGUGGAUCAGAGAUCUGGAGUGACAGGAAAACAAGGCGCAUGCCCCGACGGAAGGCUGCUACUCCUUCCAGGAGGCGAGCGAAGGCCUUGAAUAAAUGUUUGGACUCCACCAGUUUCAAAGAGAGAAGGUAUUCCUGGCGCACAAGGAAGAAAGCUACCGCAAGGACUUCCAGCUCCCAGCCUGAUGCUAAGUGCUGUUCCCAAUUAGAGUCUGGAAAUAAUUCAGACAACAUCAAUAACUGUGGUAAUCCUGGAGAAAUAAGCAAGAGGAAAAGAAAGGCUCAAGGGAGUGUUUCAAAGAAGGCGCUUAAGCCUACUCGGCGUUCUAGGCGAAAGAGACGGCCCAGGUUCAACCAGGACAAUAACCACUGGGAGGAUUUGGACUAUAUCAAAUACAGAAGAGUUCCCCGACGAUCAAAAAUAAGAACUAGAAAUCAAGGUAGAAGGACUGUGAGAUACAAUGAUGGGGAUGAUGACGACAGAGGUCUAGAGGUAGUGUGUUGGAAGUAGGUGAUUUUGAAAACUAGUUAUUCGGCCAGUUAUUACUUGACAGUAAUGACGUUGGAAUUUGCGCUGAAUGCUGGCUGCUUGAUUUGUCCUCCAAUUCAGGGAAUAUAUUUCUAUUUUUCUAUGAAAAAGUUAUGAAUGUGACUGAAUCAUAACUGUCCUUUUCUUGUUUCUACUUGCACUUGUGUCCCUCACGAAGCAGCAUUUAGUGAGAUGUCAAGAUACGGCUCUUUGGGGGACAAGAUUUAGUCUUUACUGAUUUGAAACUUACAGAUACGCUAACAUCACACAGCAGACAUUAUCGCCAUGGGUGCUACAUUGACUACUACCUAGGUCAUACAUUUUUAGUGCUUUUAAGAAGUGAAUUCUAGUACAGUAAAUGUUACAAAACUUUAUUCAGCAGUAACUUAGAUGUGCACACAGCAAACAUCUUAUAUAAGGUAUUAAAAGGUGACUGGCGGUUGGCCUUUAAGAUCACUGGAAAAUAUCUAAGAUUAUGAAACCCAUUACUUGGCUUUCUCCAACCAAGAUUAAUUUAAGGAGCUAGCUGCCGGUAAUCGAGCUGAAAGAUGAGGUGUACUAUUCCUAAGAAGAAAAAUGAAAAAAACACCCAGUGGUUCAGGUUAGGUAUUUUGCUGUAAAGAAUUACUGUCAUCUUCAUUUUACUUUAUAUGCUGGAAAUUCAGAAGAGAAAAUGCAGGCCCUAUGCUGUGGGACUUGGUUUUCUCACUCGAAAUCCAGUUUAGAAAUUUUGGGUUCAAUGCUUAUUUCAAAUGAAAAGUUAUGACUUUCUUAGCCCUACGAGGCCAACAUUCCAGAAGUGUUUUUCAUUGUCGCUUCUCUUCCAAGAUCUUGUGUUUGAGGAUACAUUGCAUAAUUAUCAGUGAGGAUGCUGCAUUAAUUCUUAUCAUUGCUAUUACACAAUAAUUCCCUCCAAGGAGGAUUUAUGUUGGUUUUCACUUGGCAGAAUUCCACCUAAAAUGAAGUUAGGUGUGGAUUGGUGGCAUCCGAGAGAGAAAAAGAAUGAUUGAUAAACUCUUCCAAAAGUGCUCAUUUUUUUGGCACUUGUAGUUGAAUUUUUUCAAUUUAGUUGUGAUUCUUUUUAGGGGAAGGGGUGAAAGAGUUUACCCUUUCUUGAACAAGAAUUAAUAUGUUUUAGAUUGGAUGCAUCAGGAAUCUCAGGAAGAAAGUUAUAAAUAUAUAUUUUUUUCUCCACUCAUCAGCCCGUCACAAGUCUUCCCUCUGAUUUUAGUAUGUUACAGACUCUGAUUUGAACAGAUAUAUCAUUCAUGUCUUGGUUAAGUGCUGAGCCUUAAAUUGUCUGUCAACUUGAAUGCCUUAUAUAUUUCUGUUUAGUUGAAAGAUUAACAUGCUUAUAUUAGGCUUAUGUAAAUUUGUGCAAUGACUUGCUCCUAUGAGAUUUCUGUUGAAUUUAUCCUGACCUAAUAUAUAAAUCCCUAAUAAAAACACAUUUCCAAGAGAA